AUGGUGGAAGCAACCAACGGAGUGGCGAUUGAGCCGCCUGUGUCACAUACGCCUUUCAAUGCUGACGAAUUACUUGAAGAGGGCGAAGACUUCCCGUUCCCACAACAAGUGACCAGAGCUUCAUUCAACUACAACCUGGAUCGCCAGACGGAUCAAAAUAGUUCCAGCAAAGAGUUCGAUGUGGAUCAUUUCCUUUUCAGCAAUUACCGAUACACCUCGCUGGAUGAUCUCUCUUCCGAGCUGAAGCACCUGUUGAAAGAACUAGAUACAGAGUUGGUGAACCUGGUCAACACAGACUACAGUGACUUUAUCAAUCUGGGAAAGUCCAUGGACGGUAGUGUUGAUCUCAUUCACAGCAUCAAAGUCGAUGUGGGAAACUACCAAAAGGAGCUACAGAAAUCUCAGUCCAAACUGAAGAACUCGGCCGAGAUUGUGGAUGGUGUACUGGAGCAAAAAAAGAGCCUGGGUCAGCUGAAAUACGUGGCCAACGCCGCAUUAUUGCUGAAUGAUCAGAUUGAAUCGGCAGAGGCGAUAUUCAGCGAUUCCACAAAAGGAAAGGUGAUGUUUUCGGUGUUGAGAGAACUAACCACGAGCUACGUCUCAAUUCACAAGGUUCUCACAAAGUUGGGGUCUUCUUCGUUAGGGUCCUCGAUGGAUAUCUUGACCUCACUAAAUCGCAGGAUCAGUGCAUUGAGGUACAAUUACAAGGGGUUGCUAGACGAGUAUCUGAGAGGGCUGGACCUGAAGGAUGAAGCGUCCAAGGAUGAAGUUUUGGGUCUGAUGAAAAUGUAUCUGAUACUUGGUGAGCCUGGUCACUUCAGCAAGAUCAUGAAGGAAAAAAAAGAGCACAAAAUAACGGAAAAAUAA